AGAUAGCGGGACCCGCUGCGGGGCAGCGCGGGCCGGGCGGGGGGAGCCCCGGGGGACGGCUUUUGGUUCGGGUGUCUUGCCUUGCCGGCGGGGUGGGAGAGUAAGUUGUUGAGCGAUAUAGCGCGGGGGCACAGGAUUCAGGUGGAAAAUCCAGCCAAUUCCCUUCAGGGUGUAUUUUUGGGGUCUGUUCUGGGUUUUUUGUUGGGUUUUCAGUGUUUUGUUUGUUAGUGUGUUUGGGCUUUGUUUUGGUGUUUAUUUGGGGAGGGGGGUUGUUGUGGUUUUGGGUUUUUUUGUUUGGUUUUUUCUGUUUGUUUUGUUUUUAAUAGGGCACAGAGGAAAACGUUAGUGCACAAUGCUGAAAUUGGUGAUCUGGUCGCUGAGGCAGGUAUCCAAAAAGCGGCAUUCACUGGAGCAGCUACAUUACUGUCAUUCUUCAUGCUAGCGUGAGGUUUAUGUGCCUUUGAGGGGAAGGUCACUUUUUACCCUCUCCCCCCACCCCCCCAGCAACCCACCCUCCUUUUGCUAAGCCGUGCAUCAGCAGCAUGAAUUCCAAGAAGCACGUAAGAACAAAGUGAACAGCUGCACCUUCACCAAAGCAACCACCUGCAUUCCUUUUCUCCUCUGGAAUGGACAAUGGGAUGGUCUCUGACUUUAUCAUGAUCAAAAACUUCUUCCUCUUCUGCGUUUCCAUGAGUUUAGCCAGCCACUUUGGCUUCUCACAAACGCCAACAGCGUCAGGAAAAGAGGACACCAAUGACAACAUCACUAUAUUCACCAGGAUCUUGGAUGGUCUGCUGGACGGCUACGACAACCGACUGCGCCCAGGACUGGGAGAGAGAAUAACUCAGGUGAAAACAGACAUCUAUGUUACCAGUUUUGGUCCUGUGUCAGACACAGAAAUGGAAUAUACCAUUGAUGUUUUUUUCCGACAAAGCUGGAAAGAUGAAAGACUGCGAUUCAAAGGACCUAUGCAACGCCUCCCUCUUAACAACCUGCUUGCCAGCAAGAUUUGGACCCCAGACACUUUCUUCCACAAUGGCAAGAAGUCUAUUGCUCACAACAUGACAACCCCAAACAAACUUCUGCGCCUGGAGGAUGACGGCACUCUGCUGUAUACCAUGAGAUUGACCAUCUCUGCUGAAUGUCCCAUGCAGCUUGAAGAUUUCCCCAUGGAUGCACAUGCUUGCCCAUUAAAAUUUGGAAGCUAUGCUUACCCCAAUUCUGAAGUGAUCUAUGUGUGGACUAACAGCACCACAACGUCUGUGGUGGUGGCCGAAGAUGGCUCACGACUUAACCAGUACCACCUGAUGGGACAAACUGUAGGAACUGAAAACAUCAGUACCAGUACAGGUGAAUAUACUAUUAUGACAGCCCAUUUUCAUCUGAAAAGAAAAAUUGGUUAUUUUGUCAUCCAAACAUACCUUCCUUGCAUUAUGACUGUGAUCUUAUCACAAGUGUCGUUUUGGCUAAACAGAGAAUCUGUCCCUGCUAGGACUGUCUUUGGAGUAACAACAGUCCUCACCAUGACCACCUUAAGUAUCAGUGCCCGUAACUCUUUGCCAAAAGUGGCCUACGCUACUGCAAUGGACUGGUUUAUAGCUGUUUGCUAUGCCUUUGUAUUUUCUGCAUUGAUUGAAUUUGCAACAGUCAAUUAUUUCACCAAGAGGAGUUGGGCAUGGGAUGGCAAAAAAGCCCAGGAAGCUGCAAAAAUCAAGAAAAAAGAGCGCAACUUGUUGGGAAAUAAAUCAACUAAUACUUACACAACUGGGAAGAUGACCCCUGCACCAAACAUGCCAAAGGACUCAGCCCCAUCUGUCAUCUCAAACACUACAUCUGCUCCAGUGAAGUCUGCAGAAGAAAAGCCUGCUGAAAGCAAAAAGACUUACAACAGCAUCAGUAAGAUUGACAAAAUGUCACGGAUAAUUUUUCCAGUGCUGUUUGGAACUUUUAACUUAGUUUACUGGGCUACAUAUUUGAAUAGGGAGCCUGUAAUUAAAGGUGCCAAUUCUCCAAAAUAAACUGAAGUACUCUGAAGCCACAUGUGAGCCAUACUUACAAAGCAGAUGCUACCAAGGAAAAUUUGAGAUCCAGAUGACUUUCUACACAUUUGGGCAAUAUUCUUCAGGAAGUUUUUUGCAUGUUUAAUAAUAUGUACAAAUAAUAUUGCCUUGAUUGUUUCUACAUGUAACCUCAGAUGUUUUGGAGACGAUUAUAUUACUUACAGCAAUUGAUCUUUAUAAAAGAUCAGAAGACAUUGAACAUGGCUUCUUUGCUGCUGAGUAUCUUGCAUUGAUAGUUUACAAAUAAAAUAAGUUAUAUUUUUUAACUGUUCAAGUGUACUACAUAUCGUGGUUUUUAUACUUCAGAUGUACAGUCAUUCAAAUAUAGGCUUAACCUAUAUUUUACAGAAGAGCUCUACUGUUGUCAUCUGAUAAGUUACUGAGUAACGCCAGUUGUAAAUGUGCCAAAUUAUUAAGUGUAGGGCUAUGUUUGAGCACCUUUACUAGUUACAGGCAGUGCAUUGCUCCACAGAUAAAACUGCUCAGCCCAAUUUUCAUUGGAAGUUAAAAACAAUGCCAUAAAUCCUAAUGGGACUAUGCAGAUUUUCACUGCUUGAGACUCUAGCUUGCACUGAAAUAACAUAGGGAGCAGGAUGCUACUUGUGUAAAUAAAGUGGUGGAAUCUUGCACUUAAAUGAAAAGGUUUGUUUGGAUUUUGCAUUCCAAGAAAUUUUGUCUAAUGAUUCUCAGUAUUUAUUCCAAAAAUUAAGAGUUAUAUUGCAUGAAAUUAACAUAGAUUAGGAACAUACUUGUGCAAAUAAAACUUUUAACAACAGCAGUAGACAUUUUUAUCAGGGUAAAGUAAAUGAUGUUUGGACAUUUUCCCCAGAAGAAGAUUGCGUUAUAUUAGCAGAGAUUAUGCUGCAGUAAUUAUUACUUGUUUCCCACAGCAAAAACCAGUCAGCCAACACUAAGGGGUGUAAUAAGAAAAAAAUAUGUACUUCAUGACAGCAAGGUGUUUCAGUGACAAUAUUGGCAGAAAGGUCUUUGUACUGUCCAUCUGAAACUUUUCUAUAAAACGCCUUGCUGCUGACAAUGUGUUUUGCUUUCACAAUGAAUGAGAAAAUGCAGUCUGAGUUUUCAGCUCUUUCCUCCUUGGCAUCCUUUAAUUGUUCCAGAAGCUUUUGUAUUUAAAUCUUAAUGUUUAAAUAAAAAAUGCAUUCAACAUUUGAUUGCAAAA